AUGUUGAUCAUACGUAAUAUAGUAAUAUUGGUUUGUGUUACUUCGGUAAUAUGUAGUGAUAUAGCUACAUCAUAUUCCGAUAGUCAAUCAUCAGCGAUAUCUUCAUCAACCUCAUUUUCAUCAGCACAUGGACCAAAGUGCAACCAUGGAGGUCAUCCAAAAUGCUGUGGACCUAACGAAGUAGUUGACGAUUGUGUCAAUGGUGGAUGUCGAAGGCGUAAUUGCUCAGACCUUGCCGAACCAAUAAAAUGCAUUGAUCCUAUACAUUGUAUUAGAGGCUGUCGGUGUAGAGACGGAUAUUUACGUGAUAAGGACGGAGGGUGUGUACCGUUAACUAGCUGUCCAAUACCGAAUUGCAAUGAAGGUGAAAUUUUCGAUUUUUGCCCUGGUUAUUGUCAGCCUGAAUGCGGUGUUGACCAAACCCUUAUCUUAUGUAAACCCUCGCCACAACCUGGUGACCCAGACUGUAAUCCAGCUUGUCGGUGUGCUGACCACUUAUAUAGAACGGCAGAAGGCGCCUGUGUGCCAAAGGAGCAUUGCCCACUGGUAUGUCCAUAUGACGAAGUGUACGAGGAAUGCCCAGACCCCUGCGUACCCAAUAUAUGUGCAAGCAUUUGGUCGAGAUUCAAACCUUGCCCACCUUGCCCUGAAGAUUGUAAACCGACCUGUCGAUGUCCCGAGGGCCAGUUCAGGAACGAAAUCGGUCAAUGUAUCACUUAUCAAGAGUGUUUGAAAUGUAAAGGUCUUCACGAAUAUUUCGCAUGCGACGGAGCAUGUGACAAUGAAUGUGACAAACUAAGUCGACAGAGUAAAGAUAAUUGUCCAAUUGUCAAUAUUCAGUGUAACAGAAUGUGUUAUUGUGAAGAUGGAUAUGCACGAGAUGCUAAUAACACCUGUAUUCCUAUCCACGAAUGUCCACCGGAGUGUCCAUUAAAUGAGCGGUACGUCAACAAUAUAAAUGAAAUAUGUAGAGCGAAGACGUGUUCAGAACUCGACCAACAUUUACCGUGUCAGGUAAAAGGGUAUUGCAACACCGGCCCUCCUGGUUGUAUUUGUAUCGAUGGAUAUGUAAGGAACGCCGAUGGCGUAUGUGUACUUACUACCGAAUGUCCUCCAAAAUGUCCGAAGGGCGAAGUAUACGAGAAAUGCCCAGACCCAUGUGUACCCAAUACAUGUGAAGUAAUUUAUUCGACAUAUAAACCUUGCCCACCUUGCCCUGAAGAUUGUAAGCCGACCUGCCGAUGUCCCGAUGGCCAGUUCAGGAAUAAAAUCGGUCAAUGUAUUACUUCAGAAGAGUGUUUGAAAUGUACCGGGCCUCACGAAUACUUCUCAUGCGGUGGGGCGUGUGACAAUGAAUGUGACAAACUAAGUCAACAGAGUAAAGAUAAUUGUCCAAUUGUCAAUAUUCAGUGUAACAGAAUGUGUUAUUGUGAAGAUGGAUAUGCACGAGAUGCUAAUAAUACCUGCAUUCCUAUCCACGAAUGUCCACCGGAAUGUCCAUUAAAUGAGCGGUACGUCAACAAUAUAAAUGAAAUAUGUAGAGCGAAGACGUGUUCAGAACUCGACCAACAUUUACCGUGUCAGGAAAAAGGGUAUUGCAACACCGGCCCUCCUGGUUGUAUUUGUAUCGAUGGAUAUGUAAGGAACGCCGAUGGCGUAUGUGUACUUACUACCGAAUGUCCUCCAAAAUGUCCGAAGGGCGAAGUAUACGAGAAAUGCCCAGACCCCUGCAUACCCAAUACAUGUGCAAGUAUUUGGUCGAAAUACAAACCUUGCCCACCUUGCCCUGAAGAUUGUAAGCCGACCUGCCGAUGUCCCGAUGGCCAGCACAGGAAUAAAAUUGGUCAAUGUAUUACUACUGAAGAGUGUUCGGAGUGUCCAGUAAAUGAGCAUUACGUGAAGAAUAUAAAUGAAAUAUGUAGAGCAAAGACGUGUUCCGAGCUCGGUAACCCUUUACCGUGUCUGGAAGAUGGUUAUGAUAAUAGUGGUCCUCCUGGUUGUAUAUGUGAUGAUGGAUUUAUAAGGAACUGUGAUGGUUUAUGUGUACCUACAACUGAAUGUCCUGCAUGUGGAGGAGAUUUUAAUGCUACCACUGGACCUGGUACUUUUUGCAUAACUUGUGACAACUAUAAGAAAAAGAAACAAGUUGCUUGUAUACUUAUAUAUAAGAUAAACGGUUGUGCCUGCAGAGACAAAUAUGUUUACAACAAGCAUUUAAAGCAGUGCGUCUUACCUGAAGACUGUCAUGAAAGUGAUGAACAGCAACGUAUGAGAAACAAUUUCGAUCAAGGGAACGAUGAUUUCACCUCGCGCUUUUUAUACGACGUAAUUGACGAGAAGCCGAAUGCGAGUGUGAUAACGUCUCCGUUCAGUGUUCUAUUUCUCUUAUCACAAUUAGCUCUUUAUGCUAAAGGGAAGACUUAUGAGCAACUGGCGAGUCUCCUGAAUUUGAAUAAGAGAAAUGACAUCCGAUCCACGAUACCCCAAUAUUUGGAUGAGAUCAAUUCUCAACGGAACGUUAACUUUUCUUUAGCAGAAAGAGUGUUUGGAAGUAUCGAUUAUCCGUUCAGUAAAUCCUUUAAACGGGACACUAAACUCACAUUCCAUGCUCAAGCUAGAAACUUGGACUUUAGCGAACCGAAGGAAGCUGCUAAGGAAAUAAAUUCAUGGAUUGCAUCACAGACAAAUGAUCUUAUUAAAGAUUUAAUUUCACCAUCUGCACUAGACGAAAACACUAGACUUGUGCUAACAAAUGCUAUUUAUUUCAAGGGAGACUGGAAAAGUCCAUUCAAUUCUAAAAAGACUAGACCAGAAACAUUCCACGUCACAAACAGGAAGAAAACUUCAGUGAAAAUGAUGAAUCAGAUCGGCCACUUUAAUUACGGUUAUAUUGAGAAUAUACAAUCAAAGGUCGUCCAAAUGUUUUAUAAAAACGAAAACUUCUCCUUCCUCUCAAUAUUGCCGAAUAAGAGACAUAGUGUACAUUCAGUGGCUGAUCAACUGCAAGAUCUAGACUUACAGUAUGAUGUCAUAAAUAAUCUAGACUCAGCUCGAGUGAAUCUUUCAAUUCCUGUAAUACACACUGAAUCAAGCACCGAUUUAGCUGAUAUUUUAAAGAAGAAUGGAGUGACGGCUUUAUUCAACAGCAGUAGCUCUGAUCUAUCUGGUAUACUGAUGUACCCGGAAGCGUUGUACGUCUCAAGUGCGAUUCAAAAAGCCAAAAUAAUUGUAAACGAAGCCGGUUCAGAGGCAGCUGCGGCGAACGCAAUCACCGUCGGAACAACAGCCGUAGAAGCUGAACCUGAACAAUUCAAUGCUAACCAUCCAUUUCUCUACUACAUUAUGUAUAGAGACACGGCGAUAUUCGCUGGACAUUACGCGGGCGCACAAUAA